UUGCCGUAGUUGUCAGUGCGACUUUCUCAGGAUGUUGCUGCCGUUUUUUAUGUAGCACAGCAUUUCGGCUUCUCUAAACAUGUCUUUUAAUGGAGGAGGAACCAGGGGAUUUUACUUUAACACCGUUUUAUCUUUGGCACGGUCGUUGGCAGCUCACCGGCACGCACCCAUAGAAAAGGUGCAGAAAUUACAAUGCAUGUGCCCGGUGGACUUCAGAGGCAUCUUCCACCUGGAUGAGAGGAGGAGGGACGCUGUUGUUGCAUUGGGUAUCUUUCUUGUUGAGUCAGACCUGCAGCACAAAGAGUCUAUCGUCCCCUACCUUCUGGGCUUACUUAAAGGGCUUCAUAAAGUACAAUGGAUUGAAGAAAGCUCAGAGCGCAAAGGAAAAGAGAGCCUUCCUGUUGCAGAGAACUUCAGCUUUUGUCUUGUAACGCUGCUGUCAGAUGUUGCCCACCGCGAUGAGACCUUACGAGGACAGAUCCUGGCGGCAGUUAUGGAUGUUAUGCAUGUGUUGCACAGUAUCUGCAAGACUCCAGAGUCUCAUGAUAAAGAGUACCUGUGCAGGUACACAGUGCCAUGUCUACUUGGCGUGGCCCGAGCAUUUGGCAGAUACACCAACACUGAUGAGCCUUUACUCUCAAAGCUGUUCCCCCAACCAGUCCCUCCCGUGUUGUCCGUUGAUGACGACGGUGAUGUAACUCACCGCCGGUCUUUCAAUGACUUCCGUUGUAUCUUGCCCAGCUCUUUGCUCACAGUAUGUCAGGCAGACACUUUGAGGCGGAAAGGUUCUUCUGUGUCCAGUAUGUCACAGCAGGCCAGUCCAGAGAGAGCAGGUCUCACCCCCAGCUCACCUGCAGAUCCCUCUGCACACUACUACGAAGGCUCUUACCUCCCUGAUGGCAGUGCAGUGGAUCCUGAUUACUACUUCUCAACCAUAAGCUCCAGCUUCUCGGUUUCUCCUCUCUUUACUGGCAGCAGUGGUGGAGACUUUCAUAUCCCUCUUGAUAUGCUUAGACAGCUCCUUCUCAUGGUGAAUCAGUUUGUCUCUGAAUCGUUUUUGAAAUCCCUGGAUGACACCUUGACAGAAUUGACAGAGUUGAAUCCUGGUAUUCAUCUGUACUACAAAACCUUCAGUGACCCACUGUAUGUAGCAACCUUUAAAAUGCUAAGGGACACCCUGUACAAUUUGAAAGAUCUUCAGAUAGACUUUGUGAAGGAGGUUCACGACUUUGUCCUGGAACAGUUCAGCAGCAGUCAGUCAGAGCUGCAGAGGAUCCUGCAUGAUGUGGAGUACCUUCAGAGUGAACUGAGCCCACUCAAGCUGCGCUGUCAGGCCAACGCCGCCUGUGUGGAUCUGAUGGUGUGGGCUGUUACCGAGGAGCAGGGAGCUGAGAACCUUUGCACCAAAUUAUCAGAGAAGCUCCAGUCGAAGACAUCGAGCAAAGUCAUCAUUGCUCACAUGCCCCUCCUCAUUUGCUGCUUACAGGGGUUGGGUCGUCUGUGUGAGCGCUUUCCAGUGGUAGCCCACUCUGUCACCACGUCACUGAGAGACUUCUUGGUCGUUCCGUCUCCUGUUUUAGUGAAGCUCCAUAAAUACCACAGUCAGUACACUGCAGGAGGAAGUGAGAUAAAGAUCCACAUAACCAACGAACAUUUUCAGUCGACCCUCACCACGCAGUCCAGUAAGAAGAACCAGCCCUCCAUGUAUGAACAGCUGCGGGACAUCUCCAUCGAUAAUAUCUGCAGGUGCCUGAAAGCUGGAUUGACGAUGGAUAAUGUAAUCGUGGAAGCUUUUCUUGCCAGUCUGUCUAAUCGUCUGUAUAUAUAUCAGGAAAAUGAUAAAGAUGCCCAUUUGAUCCCAGACCACACCAUCAGAGCGUUGGGUCACAUUGCUGUGGCCUUACGAGACACUCCUAGAGUGAUGGAGCCUAUCCUUCAGAUCCUUCAGCAGAAAUUCUGUCAGCCCCCCUCCCAGCUUGAUGUCCUCAUCAUAGACCAGCUAGGCUGCAUGGUCAUCACAGGCAAUCAAUACAUCUAUCAGGAAGUUUGGAAUUUGUUCCAGCAGAUAAGUGUGAAGGCCAGCUCCAUGAUCUAUUCUGCCAAAGACUACAAAGACCAUGGCUACAGACACUGUUCCUUGGCGGUGAUAAAUGCUCUGGGCAACAUAGCAGCGAACCUUCAGGCUGAGCACAUGGUGGAUGAACUCUUGGUCAACCUGCUUGAGCUGUUUGUUCAACUGGGUUUAGAAGGAAAGAGAGCCAGUGAGAGGGCCUCGGACAAAGGCCCCACUCUAAAGGCUUCAAGCAGUGCUGGAAACCUUGGUGUGCUUAUUCCAGUUAUUGCAGUGCUCACGAAGAGGUUACCACCAAUCAAGGAGGCAAAGCCACGUUUGCAGAAGCUUUUCAGGGACUUCUGGCUGUAUUCUGUGGUCAUGGGAUUUGCUGUUGAGGGUUCAGGUCUGUGGCCUGAAGAAUGGUAUGAGGGAGUUUGCGAAAUUGCAACUAAAUCGUCACUGCUCACAUUUCCCAGCGGAGAACCUUUACGCUCUGAACUACAGUACAACUCUGCACUGAAGAAUGACACCGUCACUCCAGCUGAGCUGAAUGAUCUGCGUAGUACCAUCAUCAACCUUCUUGAUCCUCCUCCUGAGGUGGCUGCUCUCAUCAAUAAAUUGGACUUUGCCAUGUCCACGUAUUUGCUUUCGGUUUACAGACUAGAAUACAUGAGGAUGCUGCAUGCUCUGGACUCUGAUCGUUUUCAGGUGAUGUUUCGAUACUUUGAAGACAGAGCAAUACAAAAGGAUAAAUCUGGUAUGAUGCAGUGUGUAAUUGCUGUUGGUGACAAAGUUUUUGAGGUCUUCCUACAGAUGAUGGCUGACAAACCAAAAACUAAAGCUCAUGAGGAAGAGUUAGAAUGUCACGCUCAGUUCCUGUUGGUCAACUUCAAUCACAUUCACAAGAGGAUCCGAAGAGUGGCUGACAAGUAUUUGUCUGGCCUUGCUGAAACAUUUCCACACUUGUUGUGGAGUGGUCGCGUGCUGAAAACCAUGUUGGACAUCUUGCAGACGCUCUCUGUCUCACUCAGUGCAGACAUUCACAAAGACCAACCUUAUUAUGACAUACCAGACACGCCUUACAGGAUCACUGUCCCAGAUACAUAUGAAGCCAGAGAGAGCAUAGUGAAGGAUUUUGCAGCUCGAUGUGGAGAGAUCCUUAAGGAGGCUAUGAAAUGGGCUCCAUCCGUGACCAAAUCUCACCUACAGGAGUAUCUGAACAAACAUCAGAACUGGGUGUCAGGCCUCUCCCAGCACACAGGUCUUGCCAUGGCUACAGAAAGCAUCCUGCAUUUUGCUGGUUACAACAGACAAAGCGUCACUCUUGGGUCAACUCAGCUGACUGAGAGGCCAGCCUGUGUGAAAAAGGACUACUCUAACUUCAUGGCCUCCCUCAACCUCAGGAACAGAUAUGCAGGAGAGGUGUCAGGUAUGAUUCACUUUGCACAGACGGUACGUGCGCAGUCUGAUCUUAGCCGGCUGAUGGUUAAAGAGAUGGGAGAAGCUCUGGACUCUGCACAGCCUGAGGCCUUCACUGAGGCCAUGUUCAAGUUGGCAGCGUUACUCAUCAGCACCAAAGACUGUGACCCUCAGCUGCUGCACCACCUCUGCUGGUCUCCUCUUAAGAUGUUCACAGAGCACGGCAUGGAAACUGCUAUUGCUUGCUGGGAGUGGCUGCUGGCAGCACGAGCUGGUGUUGAAGUACCGUUUAUGCGGGAGAUGGCAGGAGCAUGGCAGAUGACUGUGGAGUUGAAGAUGGGCUUGUUCUCGGAUGCUCAGCUGGAAGCUGAUCCUCUGGCUGCAUCAGAGGAGAGUCAGCCUGUCCCUUGCCCUCCAGAGGUUACUCCUCACCACAUUUGGAUAGAGUUUCUAGUCCAGAGGUUUGAGAUAGCCAAGUACUCUAGUGCAGAUCAAGUGGAGAUCUUUGGCAGUUUGCUUCAGCGCUCCAUUUCUCUGAAUGUUGGUGGGGCUACGAGUAGCCUCAACCGCCAUGUAGCUGCUAUUGGACCUCGCUUCAGGCUUUUGACUCUUGGUCUGGCUCUACUCCACUCUGAUGUCAUUACCAAUGCGACUGUAAGAAAUGUGCUGCGAGAGAAGAUCUAUUCCACAGCCUUUGAUUACUUCAGCGUGUCUCCAAAGUUUCCCACCCAGGGUGACAAGCGUCUCCGCGAGGACAUCAGUAUCAUGAUUCGGUUUUAUGCUAGCAUCCUGUCUGACAAGAAGUACCUGGCUGCGUGCCACUUGGUACCACCUGGUGAGCUUGGCACUACUCCAACCCCGAGCACCCUCUCUGCUGGGAUAUUUGGAUCGCUUAUCGUGUCCAGCACUUCUCCGAUAUCAAUCUUAAAUAAUCAGGACCCAUCACUGAAUAGUUUGACAGUGAUGAAUGCCGCUGAUCUCAGGAGCACUGUGGACUCCAGCUCUCGCUCCCAGCAGAGCAGCCAGGGUUGGAUCAACACUUACCCACUGUCCAGUGGCAUGUCCACCACUUCCAAGAAAUCAGGCACAUCCAAGAAAAAUAACAGAGGGACACAGCUGCAUAAAUACUACAUGAAACGUAGGACGCUGUUGCUUUCCUUACUGGCCAGUGAGAUUGAAAGAUUGACAACAUGGUACAACCCCCUUUCCACCCAAGAACUGGCCAUCUUCACAGAGCAAUCCGUGGAGACCAGUAUCGCCAACUGGAGGUCCAAGUACAUCAGUCUGACUGAGAAACAGUGGAAGGACAAUGUCAACCUGGCCUGGAAUAUUGCACCCUACCUGGCUAUCCAGUUGCCAAAUAGGUUCAAAAAUGAGGCCAUUGUUGCUGAGGUAACCAGGCUGGUGAGACUGGACCCUGGAGCAGUCAGUGACGUACCUGAGGCCGUCAAGUUCCUGGUCACGUGGCACACGAUUGAUGCUGACUCUCCUGAGUUGAGCCACAUCUUAUGCUGGGCUCCAGCAGAUCCACCCACCGGUCUGUCCUACUUCAGCAGCAUGUAUCCUCCUCAUCCCCUCACUGCUCAGUACGGGGUAAAAGUGCUGCGGUCUUUCCCUCCAGAUGCCAUUUUGUUCUACAUUCCUCAGAUUGUACAGGCCCUCCGCUAUGACAAGAUGGGUUAUGUGAGAGAAUACAUCCUGUGGGCAGCACAAACGUCUCAGCUACUCGCCCACCAGUUCAUCUGGAACAUGAAGACCAACAUCUACUUGGAUGAGGAGGGACACCAGAAGGAUCCGGACAUUGGGGAGCUGUUGGAGCAGAUGGUUGAGGAGAUCACAGGCUCUCUGUCGGGCCCAGCAAAGGACUUCUACCAGAGGGAGUUUGACUUCUUCAACAAGAUCACAAAUGUGUCUGCAGUUAUAAAGCCAGUUCCAAAGGGGGACGAGAGAAAAAGGGCUUGUCUCAAAGCUCUGUCUGAUAUCAAAGUGCAGCCAGGCUGUUACCUACCAAGUAAUCCUGAAGCCAUUGUCCUCGACAUCGACUACAAGUCUGGAACACCAAUGCAGAGUGCUGCCAAAGCUCCCUAUCUAGCCAAGUUUAAGGUGAAGCGCUGUGGGGUGAAUGAACUGGAACGGGAGGGUCUUAGCUGCCACAUGGACUCCACAGAAGAUGGAGAGGAGAACCCAGAUGGAACACGCAGAGCUUGUUGGCAGGCUGCCAUCUUCAAAGUGGGAGAUGACUGUCGACAGGACAUGCUCGCUCUGCAGAUUAUUGGACUUUUCAAGAAUAUUUUCCAGUUAGUGGGUCUUGAUCUGUUUGUUUUCCCCUACAGAGUGGUGGCAACUGCACCAGGGUGUGGCGUGAUCGAGUGUAUCCCAGACUGUAAAUCCCGGGACCAACUUGGCCGGCAGACUGACUUCGGGAUGUACGAUUACUUCUGCAACCAGUACGGAGAUGAAUCCACCCUGGAUUUUCAGAAGGCGCGGUACAACUUCAUCCGCAGUAUGGCCGCCUACAGUCUGCUGCUGUUCUUGCUUCAGAUUAAAGACAGACACAACGGCAACAUCAUGCUGGACAGCAAAGGCCAUCUCAUCCACAUCGACUUUGGUUUCAUGUUUGAGAGCUCUCCUGGUGGGAACCUGGGCUGGGAGCCAGACAUCAAGCUGACCGAUGAGAUGGUGAUGAUCAUGGGAGGCAAGAUGGAGGCCACGCCCUUCAAAUGGUUCAUGGAGAUGUGUGUCCGUGGAUAUCUGUCUGUUCGACCCUACAUGGACGCUGUGGUUUCUUUAGUGACCCUCAUGCUGGACACUGGACUGCCAUGUUUCAGAGGACAAACUAUUAAACUCCUCAAAGGACGCUUUAAUCCUCAAAUGAGUGAGAAAGAAGCAGCGGCAUACAUCAUCAAAGUCAUCCAAAGCUGUUUCCUCAGCAGCAGGAGCAAAACGUACGACAUGCUGCAGUACUACCAGAACCAAAUUCCGUACUGAAGACGUGGUCUUGUGUUCCAGUUUCUACUGUAUGUUCUUUACAAAUAUCUACACAAGCAAUGCAAACCUUUUUUUGUUGUUGGGGGGGGUGGGGUGGAGUGAGUGACAACAUUGUGGCACUUUGAUGAGAAUUUUCCACUUUUAUUCAGCAUAACUUUAACUUGAAAGUUAAGAACAUGUAUAACUUUGACCAGAACAGGGAUUUGAAUCACCCUUUAAGUGUUCGUUCUUGAUGCCGCUGUUUUUUUUUAUGUUUGUUUGUUUGUUUUUUUUAAGUAAAAACACAAGAGGAAGCUAGCAGCAAAGGGAGCCAUAUUUACUAUGUUUGUUAAAUUGUCUGUUCAGAAUUUAUCUUAACAGAAUGUUCUUUGUACUAUGCUGUUUUGCACUUUUGUGUACUUUAUUAAUCAGACUACUUCAUUGGCUUUGCCUGCCUGAAAAAAAAUCAAUAGAUUAAAUGUUACACAUUAAACGUUUUAAAAGUCUGUAACUAUAUAACUGAACAAUUAGAUUUCAGUGUUUCGAUUUAGACAAGGAGAUGAGGUAACGUAUAGAUGAAAUUCAAAUAUUUAUGUACUAAUCAAAGUCUGACAGUGCUCCUUACAAUAUAAAGUAAGUAGAAAACCGACCAAAUAUGCUGUAGUAUUUACUGUAUAAUCACAUUAAGAUGAGUUGCUGUUCAAUGAAUUGUUACUGAUAGAUGUUAUAUGUGAAGAGGAUAUUUAAACCGUUUUUAGAGAAUUAAUUGUGCUGCCUUGAUGCGCGCCCUCAGAGCCAGACAUGCAACGGCUUUGAGAUUAAACUGGUUGCAUGGAUGUGAUGCAGCUCACAGUCUGCAUGUUUAACGAGUACAGUCAGGUUUAUAAGCAGUUGGACAGCAAUUUAUAUUUUGCCUCUGUACAUCACCACAAUGGAGCUGAAAUGACGCAGUCAAACAGGGGUGGGCUGUAAGACCUAAAAUUAAUAUCAUAGUAUUUUUUGCCUUUUUGGACAGUGAUGGUGUUAUAUCACAGUAUUACUUAUUUUUUUCCUCAGAGUUACGGGAGGACAAGCAUAUCCUGUCCUUUUAUGUUAUUAAAAAAAAAUGUAUAUUUUGCUCAUUAAAACCAUGGAAAGUGUCAUUGUCAAUUGGGAGAUAUAGGAGAGUAAUAAUAUGCAUUCUCAAUAUUGAAUGUAUCUGGGUGGAGCUUAUUAAUGCGAGGUAAAAUGAAAGCAUCUGGGUUGUAUUUCUGUUACAUAUGAAGCAGAGGUCAUAGAUAAACUCUCAGGCCUAAACUAUAUUCAUAGCAAGAGAAUGUCCGUGAAAGCACUCAUGGAAUUGUGGGACUUGGUAGAUGUUUAAUAUUAAACCUCAAACACUUGGAAAUUAAAAUAGUCCAUAUUAAAGUCUUGCUCAAAUAAGCUCAUGAUUAAAGAGGUUCGUGUUGUGCAAAACCAAUUUCAAUUAUAUCUUUUACGUUUUCAUAUCUGCACCUUCAAAGUUAAAAUCUGGAUGAAAAGAUUCAUGAAUCAAAGAUUUUUACAGUUUUAAAUGUUUAACACAUCUGUGGUUGUUUUGUUAGAGAUUGUUGAGGCUUUUAAAUGACCCUAUACUCAGGUGCGACUUGUAUACCGAAAAAUCAUGUAUUUGUUAUUCAGAAUAAUAAUUAUAGUAACUAUUUAUAUAAGACUUUAAAAUGAAUGAAAGCACUAAACAAAAUAAACUAUAUUAUUAUAUGGCUACGACGCUACGUCUGCUCUGAUUGGCUGAUUUCCGGUCUGAUAUUUUCCCAUAUCAGACCGUUACCAUGACAAUCAGUCCGAAUCACGUAUCAGAUUUACAACUUUGACAUUUGAUGUUUUCCCUCGUUGAAUUAGAGGAAUUAACAGCAAACAAGAUUGAAGUGGACAUGCAAAAUGAAGCCCAACAAGAUGAAAACACAGCUCCUAACAGUCAAGAACAGAUUGGAAACUUCUUUACAAACCAGAAAGCUAAAAACAUGAUUAGGAAAACCAAGUUGGACAUGAAUAUACUCCAUAAAUAUCUAUUAAAUUUUGACGAUGCAGCUUAAAAACAGCCAUAAUAAACGAUUUCUUAACCUUGCUGGCUCAAUUAAUAACCUGUUAAUAUUAAAAGAAUAAAUGCCAAUAAUAAGACAUACACUGCUGCAGUGUACAAAAAAUCCCAGAUUAAUUAUCUGAUAAUACUGAAAAAACGUGAUUAUGCUCCAGUGCGGCUUCAACAGGCCUUUUUUAACAGGUGCGACUUAUACUCCGGAAAAUGCGGUACAUUUAGAAUAAAAAUAUUGAACAGGUGUUAUGAAAUGGGGGAAAAAACUGAGCUUUGAUCAUCACAGCCUCAGUGCUGCUGAUCCAAGCUGUAGCUGCACUGAAAUAAUUGAUACAAAUUUUUGUUGGCAUGAUUAAAAAUAUAUAUACAUAUAAAUUUGAAUUUAUUAGACACCCAUGCAUAACAGAAAUUCACUCAUAUACAAACAGCCAAAUUCAUAACGGAAAAGUCAAAGGUGAAAAGAAAUAUAAAUACAUAUUAUAUUAUAUUAUAUAAAUAUAUAUUUUUGGCCUGGCAGGUGUUCUUGUUGGUCUGAUUUCUCACAGUAUUGCUCAGUUCAUAUUGUGGUACACCAUCGCACCAGUGAUGACUGAUACACUGGUGUACCACCAACUACAUGUAAGUCCUGUACAGGUCCUGAGCCCUGUCAGAGCCCGUUGUUACCUUUAGAUAUCGUACAAGGAAGUGGUUGAGAGUCUAUGCUGCCAACUGAACAGACAACAAUCCAUCACUUGUUACUUUCCCAUCUGAGGCUGGUACCCAUUUACAGCUGGGUGGUCUAGGACAGUGCAGGUGAAGUGUCUUGUCAAGGACACAAACUGGUAGCUUCAAUGUGAAUUGAACCCCAGAUUUUUGGGUAACAGUCCCACUCUUGUACCACUCAUCUUCCUCAUCUCCUCACAUGACAAGGACAUAUUGAUUGUUUCAUUUCAACUCCAUUGUGGUGGACUUGAUAUAAAAAAUGGUUUCUGUCCAAACACAUAUCUUCUUGACUGUAAAUAUAGAUGAUAGAUCUAUUUUUUACCUUGUGUUCAAACACGUCUGCCUGCCCUUUACCUUGAGUGCAGCCCGGUUUUAAACAUUCCGCUCCAGUAUUCUACUCGUGUCCAGCCUCCUUGGUUUGGGGUUGACUUAGUAUAUUGCUGUUAUUUAUGCAGAUGAUAAUUUUACCUAAGAAGCCAUUUCUCACAACUGUAGUGAUACUUGAGUAAAAGAAAAAAACCCUAACCUUAUGCAAUAUCUUCAUGUGUACUGAUGUAUUUGUGUUGAACAAAUGAGAUUGCUGUAAUACUCAUCAAUUUAAUGUUUUAUGAGAACUGCUGCAGUAUGAGUCACUGUAUGUAUGUUUACCGCAACAUAUUUAAGGAUGAAAUCAUAUAUUGGUAUAAAAGUACACAGGAAAAAAAACCUCUUUAAGAGCCAGUUUUUUAUAAGAGUCAGGCAGAUUUCUAUUACAGGGUGAGUCAUGACCCCUUCAGAUUUGUCCCAAAAAAUUUUAUGGGUAGAUAUACAUUGGAAAGGAACAGAAAUCACAUUUUGUACCCUUGAUAGGGUCUGCUUUUUUUUUUUUUUUUUUUUUUUUUUUUUGGUCCUGGAAAUUUGGGGUCAAAUAUGGUAAAUUGGCAACUAUCUCCGAUUUUAAUGAAACUUGCGGAAUUUGCUCCCAUAACAAGGUAAACAAGCUUCUGUAAGUUUGAGUGCAGUGUCACAAGCCAUUCUUGCUGUAGGCUGCCACCUGGUGGCCAAAUAGGAACUAAACUGCAAAAAAUAAACAAGGUUUGGUUCUUAUGAAAAAUGUACAAAACUUUGAUGACAAUAGGACAAAUGGAUCAUGAAAUAUAUGGUUAUUUGAAAGUGUUCAUUUUUGCCAAAUACUGCAAGUUUCAUGAAAAUCAGAGGAAGUUGCCAAUUUACCAUAUCUGGCCUCUUCGUGAAGUGGUCCAACAAAACUCGUGUAAAAAGGUUCAAUACAAAAAACAGCCACAAAACUCUCUUUACCACUGAAACUAGAGAUGCUGAGUGACAAUAUGAGCCAUAUUUUAUUACUUUUGACUUAAGGCGCAUGGGGAAAUCACUAUGCGAAAAAGUGGUCAUUUUGCAUUUUGGAGGCAACAAGCGCCCCCUAUACUUGUGUGGCCAAAGUCAGCCACCAAAAUUUUCAGCAAAAUCAAAGUUACAGGUCCUAAUUUAUCAUUAUAUGCAUGAAAGACCUUGGCUGACGAAGGGCGCAGGCCACACCGCCCCUGUGAAAAUAUGCACAAUUACAAAAAAUUGUGAUUUGCAGUGCCACCUAUGGCCUGCGCCCUGAGUCAGCUGCCAAAGUUUUUACAUUUUUGAAGAGUCCAUACCUGAUAGACUAACACAAAUGAAAAUCAAUUUGACGCACGGAAAUUUGAGCAUUUGAAAACCUAAAUUUUGUGUUUUCGCCAUUUGGCUCAUUUUGACCCCAGAUUUCCAGGACUUCCUAAAAAAAAAAAAAAAAAAAAAAAAAAGCAGACCCUAUCAAGGAUUAAAAAAUGUGAUUUGCAUUUGUUUUUAACAUAUCUACCCAUUUAAAAAAAAAAAAAAAAAAAAUUGGACAAAUCUGAAGGGGUCAUAAACCACAUGCCUGACUUAUAAAAACUGGCUCUUAUGGGUUUUUUUUUUUUAAGGAUAUUUGAGGGAGCUGUCAUGACGUUCAUUUUAUUGUCAUUAACUGUAGUUGCUGUUAGUUUAUAGGACAACUCUGACAUUUUUUUCAAUCUUGGCUCUAUUUUUAAAGGUUUUGGGGGACAUAUUAUCAUUUGGUCGAAACUUAAUCAGCACAUUAAUGAUGUAGAAUGCAAACACCGCUACAGGCUAACCAGCUACUGAGUGUUAUUGGACUUGGCAUGAAGAAUACUGAGGAAACUGCUUAUUUUCCCCACUGAACAGGCAACAUUAGAAGUGUCCAGUUGCACGGACAGUUUCCCUGCAGAGGUAAAUGUGCAUGUUUACAUGAUUAAAUGUAAUUAUCCUUUUUAAUACUGCUGAUGAGGGGCACAGGGUCUAACAAAACAAGCUCCUCAGCUAUUCAGUGAUGAGUUUUUCUUGUUGCCCCGUCCUGUCACUUAGCUGGUUAUUCUGCACUUACGCAUAGGCAGGAUGCUUUCUGAAUAUCAUAUUCCCGUCAUCUGUGGCACAUUCCUGACAUUCUUAAUGAGACUUAACGCAUCUGAAUAGGUUCUCUAACAGUGCAUGUCGGUAUGUGACAUGUGAUAUUCGUGGAGCAUGUUUUUGGCUGGCAAAAAAAUCUUGCACGAAUUUCACAAAUAUCCCCGAUUCCUGGAGUUCACAACUGAGCGCCUCGAUACAUGGUGAUCUGUAACGGAGUGUGACAGCAGUCGUAGUGUAUUCUUGAUGGUUCUUAGAGUCCAUACUGUCGGGCAUCGUUACAUGAAAGCUGUCAAAAACUGACAAGAUGGUCACAUGGUUCAUGCGGUGUCGCGUAUCACUGUGCCCCACUACGAAUCACUGAUUUCUCACAGGUGCGCGCUCACAAUUGUUAUAAACCCUGCCGCACCGCAUUUCUUCAGUUUGUUUACAGGUAGGUAAACAGUUUUGGGGCAGUACGUGACAAUUCACAAUGGUGCGCAACAGCGCAGGACAAUAUUCGUGACGGUGCAUAAUCAUUCCAGAUGAAUCGCCAGCAAUUCGUGCCAUUAAUCGUAACAGUGGCAGCACUCCGUGCCAGCACCUGAUGCCUCUGCCCCAAAUCAUCCAAUUCAAUUCAAAUUUGUGAUCCCUGUCAUGAAUUUACAUUCGUGGUGUUCCUGACUUGUCAUCGUUAUGUGUAAAUGCAGCAUUAGACUGCGGUGUUGUCUGCAUUCUAAGUCAGCAAUGCACCAAUUAAAUUCUUUUUUGUUCUGAGUGAAACGAUGACCCUCAAAACAUCUUUAAAAAAAAAAACAAAACAAAGCUGAGGUUUAAAAAGGUGCGUGUUCUCCCUGAAACAAGUUUGAGCCCGUUUGUCUGCUACUGUGCGUCAAUGUUGAGAUUUUAAAAUGUUGUUGGUCAACAUAUAAUAUUUCCUCUUUGAAUUAGUAUUAUUGUUCUAUUUGCUCAGGUUGUGGCUUUGUUGUGUCUGUCCUAAAUCUUUACUUAUUAAAGCUGUCUACAGUCUCUUCA